AUGUACUCAACCAACCAUUGGGGAGGCCCGUUCGAGAUCCAUGUUGAUCCGAUGUUGUCGGAGGAUGAGCAGAGCCGGAACAUGGACUUGGACCGAGCGGCGCUUCAGAGGCAGGAGUUAGAUGAGACCGAGCAGGGUUGGCUUCUCAGGCCGCAGGACACCGAGAUGAAGAAGAAGAAGAAGUAUGUCGACUUGGGAUGCAUUCUUUGCAAGCGGGAGAUGCUUAAAUGGCUGAUAUUGUCCGUGUUGAUUGGGUUCAUCGUCGUUGGGAUUCCGGUCAUCGUUGCUAAGACACUGCCAAAGCACAGGGAGCCAGUCUCACCGCCAGACAAUUAUGCUGUUGCUCUCCAUAUGGCUCUUAAAUUCUUCGAUGCACAGAAAUCUGGCCGCUUACCAAAGAACAAUGAUGUGCCGUGGCGAGGAAAUUCUGGUCUGGAAGAUGGCAUUGGGCUUGCAGAUUUGAAGGGUGGGUUAGUUGGAGGAUACUACGAUAGCGGGAACAAUAUAAAAUUCCAUUUUCCUAUGGCUUUUUCAAUGACACUCCUAAGCUGGUCAGUGAUAGAAUACAGUCAUAAAUACCAGGCCAUUGGAGAAUAUGAUCACAUCAGAGAUAUCAUCAAAUGGGGAACCGAUUACUUACUCUUGACUUUCAAUUCUUCUGCGACCACCAUCAACAAAAUUUACAGCCAGGUGGGAACUGCGCAAAAAGGGUCGACCAGUCCAGAUGAUGAAUACUGCUGGCAGAGGCCAGAAGACAUGAACUAUGCUCGACCAGUGCAAACUUCUACCUCUGCACCUGAUUUGGGGAGUGAGGUGGCAUCAGCACUAGCUGCUGCUUCAAUUGUCUUUAAGGAUGACACUGCUUAUUCGAAAAAACUGAUGAGUGCAGCAAAAACAGUAUACAAAUUUGCUACAGAGUCAGGGCAACAAACACCUUAUUCCCAGGGAAACCAGUUUAUCGAACCAUUCUACAACUCCACAGGUUAUUGGGAUGAGUUCAUGUGGGGUGCUGCUUGGAUGUACUAUGCCACAGGGAAUUACAGUUAUCUCUCCUUUGCAACAGAUUCUAGUCCCGCUACAAAUGCUGGAGACACCAUACAAAAACCAGAUUCAGGUGUUUUUGGUUGGGACAACAAGCUUCCAGGGGCUGAGCUACUCUUAACAAGGAUUAGAAUCUAUUUGGACUUGGGGUAUCCUUAUGAGGAGAUGCUCAGAGCUUACCAUAAUACCACCGAGCUAAACAUGUGUUCCUUUCUCUAUCGCUUCCAUGUCUUCAACUGGACUAAAGGGGGAUUGAUUCAGCUGAACCAUGGGCAGCCACGGCCAUUGCAAUAUGCAGUGAAUGCCGCAUACCUUGCAUCUCUUUAUGCAGACUACUUGAACACCAGCAACAUCCCUGGAUGGUACUGCGGCCCCUACUUUAUGAACUCACGCACCCUUUAUGGCUUCGCAGCCUCACAGGUGGACUACAUCCUUGGGAACAAUCCCAAAAACAUAAGUUAUGUGGUGGGUUAUGGAAAAAACUAUCCAAGGCAAGUGCACCACCGUGGUGCAUCUAUCCCUCAUGAUCGCAUCGCUUACUCAUGUACUGCUGGUUGGAAAUGGCGAGACAGCAAGUCACCGAAUCCUAAUGUCAUCACUGGGGCCAUGGUUGGUGGACCGAACAGAUUCGAUGGCUUCUCCGAUGUGCGGAACAAUAAAAACUACACUGAGCCAACUUUGGCUGGGAAUGCUGGGCUCAUAGCAGCGCUUGUGUCCCUUACAAGCAGCGGCGGUGAUCGUAUUGACAAGAACGCCAUCUUCUCUUCUGUGCAACCUCUUGAAUCAUAUCCACCCCCUCCACCAGUAUGGGAGCCAUGA